AUGGGUACCCCGAUGCCGACGUCUCCCCAUUCCCCUCGGGCCCAUUCCCCAAACUUAUCUCAUUCGCCUCAGGCGAGUGAGAGCAGCCUAUAUUCUCACCAAGGUCCCCCGAAUCACGGAUACGGACACGAAGAAAAAAAUGACCAUGCCGAUAGCUCACAGUCCCUUCUCUACCGGAACCAACCGAGCCCCCUCAAUGCGCAAUUCGAUGAUCCUUACGCCUCCAGCGACUCUCUGCGACGCUAUACUUUGCAAGAUCCUGGGGUAACAAUUUUCCCCGAUGGACCCUACCAGGAUCCUACCGCUGCGGCGGGCCUCAAUCGCCGGUCGGGUGUGCAGACUCCCGUGUCAGCGACCUCAUCGGAGGCUUGGCAGCAACGACAAGCACCUGCCUCGGGUCUGCGCCGCUACGCGACCCGAAAGAUUAAACUGGUGCAGGGCUCUGUGCUGAGUGUGGACUAUCCGGUGCCUAGUGCCAUCCAGAAUGCUAUCCAGCGGGAGUACCGGGAAUCGGAGGAAGGUUUCCCUGAGGAGUUCUCCCAUCUGCGCUAUACGGCAGCUACUUGCGAUCCCGAUGAAUUUACCCUGCGAAACGGAUACAACCUUCGACCAGCCAUGUACAAUCGACACACCGAGUUGCUGAUUGCCAUUACCUACUACAACGAAGAUAAGGUCCUCACAGCCCGAACGCUACAUGGUGUGAUGCAGAACAUCCGGGACAUUGUGAACCUCAAAAAGUCAGAGUUUUGGAAUAAGGGUGGUCCGGCCUGGCAGAAGAUUGUCGUGACACUGGUUUUCGAUGGUAUCGAUCCUUGCGACAAGAAUACCCUGGACUUGCUGGCCACGGUCGGUGUCUACCAGGACGGUAUCAUGAAGCGAUCCGUUGAUGGAAGAGAAACGGUUGCACACAUCUUCGAGUACACCACGCAGCUUUCCGUUACCGCUAGCCAGCAGUUGAUUCGGCCGCAAGGUACUGAGUCAACUAACCUGCCACCAGUUCAGAUGAUCUUCUGCUUAAAGCAGAAGAACAGCAAAAAGAUCAACUCCCACCGCUGGCUAUUCAAUGGCUUCUGUCGUAUCUUGAAUCCCGAGGUUGUCAUUCUGAUCGAUGCCGGUACUAAGCCGGGCAAGAAGUCUCUACUCGCUCUGUGGGAGUCUUUCUAUAACGACAAGAAUUUGGGCGGAUCUUGUGGUGAGAUUCACGCUAUGCUGGGUAAAGGUUGGAAAAACCUGAUGAACCCCCUUGUCGCCGCGCAGAAUUUCGAGUAUAAGAUCUCAAACAUUCUCGACAAACCCCUCGAGUCUGCCUUCGGAUACGUUAGUGUCUUGCCUGGUGCCUUCUCAGCCUACCGUUAUCGUGCGAUUAUGGGCCGGCCCCUAGAGCAGUACUUCCACGGUGACCACACCCUUUCUAAACAACUUGGUAAGAAGGGUAUCGAGGGUAUGAAUAUCUUCAAGAAGAACAUGUUCCUUGCUGAAGAUCGUAUUCUUUGCUUCGAAUUGGUUGCUAAGGCCGGGUUCAAGUGGCAUUUGACUUACGUCAAGGCCUCUAAAGGUGAAACCGAUGUCCCUGAGGGUGCUGCAGAGUUCAUUGGUCAGCGUCGUCGCUGGCUGAACGGUUCAUUUGCCGCCAGUCUAUAUGCCAUGAUGCAUUUCGGUCGGAUUUAUAAGAGUGGACAUAACAUCAUCCGUCUGUUGUUCCUCCAUAUCCAGAUGUUGUACAACUUUGCGGGUCUUGUCAUGACUUGGUUCUCUCUCGCGUCUUUCUGGUUGACUACUUCGGUUAUUAUGGAUCUUGUCGGAACCCCUAGCGAUGCCAACAAGCACAAAGGCUGGCCCUUUGGUAAUGAAGCUACGCCAAUCGUGAAUAACUUCUUGAAAUACGGCUAUGUGUUCUUCCUUAUGCUACAGUUCAUUCUCGCACUGGGUAACCGACCGAAAGGUUCUCGCCUGGCUUAUACCCUUUCCUUCAUUUACUUCAGUAUUGUGCAGUGCUAUAUCCUGGUCUUGUCAUUCUACCUGGUUAAGAAUGCCUUCACAGGAGGUACCCUGGACUUCGACAUGAGCCAGGGUGUUGGCAAGUUCUUUUCAUCCUUCUUCAGCUCUUCCGGUGCCGGUAUCGUCUUGAUUGCUUUGGUGUCCACCUAUGGCAUCUACUUCCUUGCUAGUUUCCUGUACAUGGAUCCUUGGCACAUGUUCACAUCCUCUUGGGCUUACUUUGGUGGCAUGACAUGCUCAAUUAACAUCCUGAUGGUGUACGCUUUCUGCAACUGGCAUGACGUGUCUUGGGGUACCAAGGGAUCGGACAAGAGCGAGGCACUGCCAGAGGCUCAGACCAAGAAAGAUGAUACCAAGUCCAACUUUAUUGAAGAAGUGGAUAAACCGCAGGCCGACAUCGACAGCCAAUUUGAGGCGACCGUCAAGCGUGCGCUGGCGCCGUUUGAGGAACCCGAGGAGGAAAGGGAGAAGAGCAUGGACGACUCGUAUAAGGCCUUCCGUACCAACUUGGUGCUUAUUUGGAUUUUCAGCAAUCUGAUCUUGACGCUCUGCAUCACUAGCGAAGGCAUUGACCGAUUCUGUCUGACAAAUACCUCGACCACUCGUACAGCCAAUUACUUCUCGGCCAUUCUGUGGACGACUGCUGGGUUGUCGAUUUUCCGUUUUAUCGGUUCGCUCUAUUUCCUGGGCAAGUCCGGCAUCCUUUGCUGCGUGUCCCGACGCUAA